AUGCCUACUCUUCGAGAACGCAAGAACCCCAGUUCGGGAACCAAGGUCCACCCGGGCAAAGAUGACCCGGUUCAUCGUGAAGCCGCUGGACUCGUUGCACCGGAAUCACUCGCCGCAGAAUCCGUCCAGCACGGCGGCGAAUUCGCACAGAAUCGCAAUGCUCAGCAAGAGGGCGUUGAAAGUUCCGGCCUGAAAGCCCAGUCCGGUCGCGAAGGCGGCGAGGCGCCGGGCUACGUGGCAGAUCAAUACAUCAAGGACACGAAGGGCCCUCAUGGCAAGAACAUCAAAGAAGGUGUUGAUGAAGGCAAGGCUGGAGAGAAGAAUGACGGGUUGGCGAGGGCGUUGAGGGCGGAGCCGGGGAGCGAGGACGAUCCGAGUAGGUCUUUUUACGGCAAGACAUACGAAGACAUGCCCGUUAUACCGGAGGAGAAGUCGUCGCUUCGACCGCCACGACCAUCGGAUGUUGAUUCAGGGAAGCAGAGCAGUACUUCAGGUUCAAAACAAGAAGAGACUCGGAGAGAUGCGCCCAGAAAUACAGAUGUGCUGUCUGAGCAGGAUGUUGAGGCUGAAGAGAUGGAGCAUCAGCGAUAUGGAGAGGCGCAACCGCAGCUUGUGCCCACGGACAUGAUUGAGACGAUGAUAUCAGCGCAGGGGCGAAAGAAGGAGAGUCUCAACGACGGAUGA